ACAUCGAAGGGUGGACCAGCCGCCACGGCAGACACUGCGAGGGACCAGAGGCGUCUCCAGUUAGCAACUCAGGUUGCAGCCCCUAGACAAGAGAUCUCAGGGCUAGGGACCGUUAGGACCCGUAACCAAGACAACCAUUUCCACACUCGGAGGAGCUCGGAAGAAGAGGCAGCGUGCAGUCGCCCUCGCCGCCGGAACUCUGCUCUCCCGGACCGCAGGCGCAGGAGCGACGCACGCUGGGAGACGGAGUCCAGAGACGAGCCCCGCCCAGGCCGCGGGCGGAAAUGGCUCGAGGCUAAGCUCCUCCCUCGCUCUUGCCCAAUCCUCGCGACUGUCAGAGAGCCAACCAACGUCAGUCUCGGCGUUUUCCCGCGAGAGGUGCUCGCUGAUAUCCUGGAGCGGGAAGGAGCGAACCUCCGGGUGUGGUAUAGUUGUGCGAGAGGCCGGUUAGCUUGAAGCCUUUCGCCGGAAGAGUGCCUACCGGGGUUGGGAUUCUGAGCCAGGAGGCAAGAUGCUCAAGUCCAAGACGUUCUUAAAAAAGACCCGGGCGGGCGGUGUGAUGAAGAUCGUGCGUGAGCACUACCUGCGGGACGACAUCGGCUGCGGGGCGCCCGGGUGCGCGGCGUGCGGCGGGGCGCACGAGGGGCCGGCCCUGGAGCCGCAGCCCCAGGACCCGGCCAGUAGCCUCUGCCCGCGACCGCACUACUUGUUGCCUGACACCAACGUGUUACUGCACCAGAUUGAUGUUCUUGAGGACCCUGCCAUCAGGAAUGUAAUUGUAUUACAAACAGUUCUCCAAGAAGUGAGAAAUCGGAGUGCCCCUGUGUAUAAACGGAUACGAGAUGUGACAAAUAACCGAGAGAAGCAUUUCUAUACGUUCACUAAUGAGCAUCACAGAGAAACCUAUGUGGAACAAGAGCAGGGAGAAAAUGCAAAUGACAGGAAUGAUAGAGCCAUUCGAGUAGCAGCAAAAUGGUACAAUGAACAUUUGAAAAAUGUAUCAGCAGAGAACCAGCUGCAAGUUAUUUUCAUAACAAAUGACAGGAAAAACAAAGAGAAAGCUGUAGAAGAAGGAAUUCCAGCUUUUACUUGUGAAGAAUAUGUAAAGAGCCUAACUGCCAACCCUGAACUCAUAGAUCGUCUUGCUUGUUUGUCUGAUGAAGGGAAUGAAAUAGAAAGUGGAAAAGUAAUAUUUACAGAACAUCUUCCCUUAAGUAAGCUACAGCAAGGCAUAAAAUCUGGUACAUAUCUUCAAGGAACAUUUAGAGCCAGCAGGGAAAAUUACUUAGAAGCUACUGUAUGGAUUCAUGGAGACAGUGAAGAAAAUAAAGAGAUAAUCAUACAAGGACUUAAACAUUUAAACCGAGCUAUUCAUGAAGAUAUUGUGGCUGUGGAGCUUUUCCCCAAGAGUCAGUGGGUAGCACCAUCUUCUGUUGUUUUACAUGAUGAAGGUCUAAAUGAAGAUGAUGUGGAGAAAGAAGAGGAGAAAGAACAAAUGCUUAAGACUGCUGUAAGUGAAAAAAUGUUAAAGCCUACAGGUAGAGUUGUAGGAAUAAUAAAAAGGAAUUGGCGACCAUAUUGUGGCAUGCUUUCCAAGUCUGGUAUCAAGGAGUCAAGAAGACAUCUUUUUACACCUGCUGAUAAGAGAAUCCCUCGAAUUCGGAUCGAAACCAGACAGGCUUCUACAUUAGAAGGACGGAGAAUUAUUGUUGCCAUUGAUGGUUGGCCCAGAAAUUCCAGAUAUCCAAAUGGACACUUCGUAAAAAAUUUAGGUGAUGUUGGAGAGAAAGAGACUGAAACAGAAGUUUUAUUACUUGAGCAUGAUGUUCCUCAUCAGCCUUUUUCACAGGCUGUUCUUAGCUUUCUGCCAAAGAUGCCUUGGAGCAUUACUGAAAGGGACAUGAAAAACCGAGAAGACCUGAGGCAUCUGUGUGUUUGUAGCGUGGACCCACCAGGAUGUACUGAUAUAGAUGAUGCUCUACAUUGUAGAGAACUUGAAAAUGGAAAUUUGGAGGUUGGUGUUCAUAUUGCUGAUGUUAGCCAUUUUAUUAGGCCAGGAAAUGCCUUGGAUCAAGAAUCAGCCAGAAGAGGGACAACUGUGUAUCUUUGUGAAAAGAGGAUUGACAUGGUUCCAGAGUUGCUUAGCUCUAACUUAUGUUCCUUAAGAUCUAAUGUUGACAGGCUGGCAUUUUCAUGUAUUUGGGAAAUGAAUCACAAUGCUGAAAUCUUAAACACAAGGUUUACCAAAAGUGUCAUUAAUUCAAAGGCAUCGCUUACAUACGCCGAAGCACAGAUGAGAAUUGAUUCGGCAGCAAUGAAUGAUGAUAUUACCACUAGUCUCCGUGGACUAAAUAAACUAGCCAAAAUUCUGAAGAAAAGAAGAAUUGAAAAAGGGGCUUUGACUCUUUCUUCUCCUGAAGUUCGAUUCCACAUGGACAGUGAAACUCAUGAUCCUAUAGAUCUGCAGACCAAAGAACUUAGAGAAACAAAUUCCAUGGUGGAAGAAUUUAUGUUACUUGCCAAUAUCUCUGUUGCAAAAAAAAUUCAUGAAGAAUUUUCUGAACAUGCCCUCCUUCGAAAACAUCCUGCACCACCUCCAUCAAAUUAUGAAAUUCUUGUUAAGGCAGCUAAGUCAAAGAAUUUGGAAAUUAAGACUGAUACAGCCAAGUCUUUGGCUGACUCUUUGGACCGGGCCGAGUCUCCUACUUUCCCAUAUCUAAACACCCUGUUAAGAAUAUUAGCCACUCGUUGUAUGAUGCAAGCUGUGUACUUCUGUUCUGGGAUGGAUAAUGAUUUUCAUCACUAUGGCUUGGCAUCCCCAAUAUACACACAUUUUACUUCACCCAUCAGAAGAUACGCAGACAUCAUUGUUCAUCGGCUGUUGGCUGUGGCUAUUGGGGCCGACUGUACUUAUCCAGAGUUGACAGACAAACACAAGCUGGCAGAUAUAUGUAAAAAUCUCAAUUUCCGGCACAAAAUGGCUCAAUAUGCCCAACGUGCAUCAGUGGCUUUUCAUACCCAGUUAUUUUUCAAAAGCAAAGGAAUAGUAAGUGAAGAAGCCUAUAUUCUGUUUGUAAGAAAGAACGCUAUUGUGGUGUUAAUUCCAAAGUAUGGCUUAGAAGGUACAGUGUUUUUUGAAGAAAAGGACAAACCAAAGCCACGGCUUGUUUAUGAUGAUGAGAUACCUUCACUUAAAGUAGAAGAUACAGUGUUCCAUAUAUUUGAUAAAGUUAAAGUAAAAAUCAUGUUAGACUCUUCUAAUCUUCAGCAUCAGAAAAUCAGAAUGUCCCUGGUAGAACCACAGAUACCAGGAAUAAGCAUUUCUACUGAUAAUUCAAACAUGGACCCUAAGGAACCAGAGAGAAAGAAGAUGAAGCUCAAAAAAUAGCUACUACCUUCAACAAAAAUACUUCAGACUGGUUUCCUUAAAAACAAAACAAAAACUUGGAACACUUCUAAGCCUAAGUGUGUGAUACAGUUUGUUACUUUUAAGUACGUUAGUAAUUUUAGAAAUUUGCAUUUUUAUUGAACUGUUGAGACUCUGUCCUAUCUUACUCCUUCAUUUCUGAUUGAACAGAAAUAUUUAUGCAGAAGAAUUCAAUUGAAUAUCCAUUACUUAAAUAUAGUGACAGGAUAGCAACUUCAGGGAUCUGUACAGAUCAUUUAAAUGGAGAACUCAUCUGCUCAUUGAGCAGAUUAAUUUUGCAUAAGUACAUUGAUUGUUUAAUAUUGGUAGGCAAAAAGCUAUCAUUUUCUUAUAGAAGAGAACAUUUUUAGAAGCAAAGAAUUUCUUUCUAAAUCUUGGAAGCUGUCAAUAUUUUGUAUGUAAUGUCUUUUGCAAUCUUUAAUUUACCUAAUUAAGUGUUUUCUUACUGUGUUUUUUUUAAAAAAAAAAAAAAAAAAAAAGCCUUUUCAAACAGCUGUGAAUGUUUGGGAAUUGGUAGAAAGGCAAGAAAUAGGAUAUUUGACCUGACUGGGAAAAUGGUGGUUUUUCUCAUUAUCAGGUAAGAAGUGUGAUCAUCAUCUUUGAACUUCAGCUCCAGUGUCUCACCAACAUAAGAUAUUAGAGCUCAAAGAAAGAAUAGAGAUGUAACUGUAAAUGUUUAUAUCUUGUUACUUAUAAAAUAAAAAAACAGACAAUUAAUGACUUUUAAAA